GCCGCCUCCUCAGCCUCGCGCCCCGGGUCCGUCGGACUCUGUACUGAGCGCCUUCCCCAGUCCCUCAGAUCCGCCUAUUUACUGAGCGCUCCCCCAACCCCGUGGUCCUAUUUGCUGAGGCCUCCCAGCCCCACUCCAUCCAAUGUCUGGUCGACUCCCACUCUCCGGCGCUCAGAACUGAUUGGUGUGACCUGCCCCGAAAGGAAGAUGGAAAUAUUGCCCUGAGAAGUUGGGCUGGAGGUUUCACUCCCAAACUCAGAAGUCAAGCCCAAAAUGUCCGUGGUGUGCCAGUGUUCAGCCGGCUGGCUGCUGGAUCACCUGGCCUUCGUCAACGAGGCCGGCUACCAACUCCGCCAGGACAGUCGCCCUCCGGCCCCAAACGCCGGGAAUUCCUCUCCCGCGGCUCCGAAUCCCGCCUCGGCCUCGCUCGGGACCGAUCGAAGGCCGGGGGAAGAAACCCCGGGGCGAAAAUACGUAUUUCGAGCCGAACUGUUCCGGGUCGAUAAGCCGCACGUGGCUGCAGCCGUGGGUUGGGAAAAUCCACCGGGACGCGCGGAGUGGGAUUCCAAGGAAGGAAACGGCGGCGGGGAGAAGGAGGUAGAUGGAGGAGGUCGGCGAUCCCUCCCAGCCGCUCCGAAGAAGCGAAAACGAUGCUCUGCGUUCAACCAAGGGGAAUUGGAUGCCAUUGAAUACCAUUCAAAGAUCAGAGGGUUGAUAUUGGCAGGCACCGCAGAAUUAGUCCAGAAAGGCCUCAGAGGUGGUUUCCUCCAUCCCCUUUCGGGAAAAGAAGACCGUUGCGGCAAGGCCGGCCCUGAAGGGCUUGGUGGUUGCGGACUGGCUGAGCUGUGUGACAUGGCGAAGCAGCUGCCUUCGGCGGAUGAAAAUCGACGCCAGACGGUCCGGGCGACCGAUGAAGAAAUGGGCAUUCCCGAGCAAAAUCUUUUCUCGCAGGUCACAGAGAACCGCUCCACCUUUACAAAGAUAUUAACGUUAAUGGGACAGAAAUAUUUGGUGCCCCCAAAGAGCAGCUUCCUGUUGUCUGACAUUUCCCGCAUGGAGCCGCUUCUGAAUUAUGGAAAAAAAUACGAUGUCAUCGUAAUAGACCCACCGUGGCAAAACAAGUCGGUUAAAAGGAGUAACAGGUACGGUUACCUACCGUCCUGGCAAAUCAAGCAAAUUCCCAUCCCCAAACUGGCGGCUCCCAACUGUCUGGUGAUCACCUGGGUGACUAACAGACAGAAACACCUGAGUUUCGUUAAAGAGGAACUUUAUCCUGGCUGGUCCGUAGAAACACUUGCCGAGUGGCAUUGGGUGAAAAUUACCAGAUCGGGCGAAUUUGUGUUUCCGUUAGAUUCACCUCACAAAAAGCCUUACGAAGGUCUUGUUUUAGGAAGAGUCCAAGGAGGAACCGCAUCACCGUUGAAGAAUGAGAGGAAACCUGAAGCGGAGACGUCUCCGAUCCCAAACCACAAAGUAAUCGUCAGCGUGCCCUGCGUCCUUCAUUCUCACAAACCUCCCCUUUCCGAGGUUCUAGCAGACUAUCUCAAGCCAGAUGUGGAAUGCUUGGAGUUGUUUGCCCGCAAUCUGCAUGCCGGGUGGACCAGCUGGGGUAACGAGGUGCUCAAAUUCCAGCACGUUGAUUAUUUCGUGGCUUCCGAGAUCGGGCACUGAGGACCGUCUCUCGUCGUCAGGAAUAUUUCUCCCCCGGGGCGCCCUCCCAUCGCCUCGGGCCACGUUGCCUUUUUUUCUGACCCUCUCUGUUCUUAGGGUGUACGGUCAGUGGGACUCAAAAUGUUUUAUGGUGGGACAGACUCUUUCUGUUUCUGCUCAGGCAUUUCACACUUCAGUUGCACCGUGGUUCCAUUUGUUUUGGACUUGUUUGUGGCUUUGAAGGCGAGGGAGAGAGAGAGUACAGUGCUCUGCACACAGUAAGCGCUCAAUAAAU